AUGCGCGCCACCACUGCCAUGAGAAUGUUCCGCCAAACCCCUCGCAUGAUGCGACCGGUGCCCAAGGAGGACCAGGCUGGCCACACCAUCUCCCAGCGCCUUCGCAAGCUCAAGCAGAUCCCCGCUGAGCUGAUCCCCCUUGCUGCCGUCGUUGGCUUUGCCAUUGUCGCUGCUGGCUACUCUUGCGUCCGCAAAUUCUGGGUUGACAAGAACCUUCGUCUGGCCCGACAGGGACCUGGAGCCCGCCACUAA